AUGAAACUCAGAAUCAGAUGCUUCGAAACCAAAGAAACCCUAAAAAUCGACAUACCGUCUUCUUCUUGCACUCUUCAUGAACUGAAACAACGCAUCUCUCAGUCAAUUCCAUCUUCAUCUUCAUCGAAUUCCAUUCAUCUUUCUCUCAACGGAAAGGACGACCUUUCACCCUCUGAAGAGACGCUUCAAUCCUUUGGUAUUACCUCCGGUGACCUUAUCUUCUUCACUUUCAAGCCAAAUGGGUUUUCAGUUUCAACUAAAACCCAUAUCCCCAAAUCUCAACCCAUCAAAUUGGACACUCAAAUUAUCCAAAAACCUGAAACAAUGAAAAAAUUGGACACCCAAAUUAUCCAGGAAUCUGAGACGAAACCCGUAAAUUCGAUACUUGAGGGAGAGGAAGCGGAAGAGUUUAUGGAGGUCGAUUACAGUGACAUGUCAGUUGAUGUGAAUAUGACGAAGUCGUUUCCUGUACCUGGAUUUUUGAGGAAAGUGUUCACGGAUGAGCUGAGCGAUGACGGCGGCCGUGACCAUAAGCUGUUGGUGGUUGCGCUUCACGCUGUUUUUGUAGAAUCUGGGUUUGUUCUCCUUGACCCUGUUUCCUUUACUCAACUUAGUGGAUCCCAGUUUUGGAAAUGUUAUUGGCCUUCGGGUGCUUCACCUUCUCGAAUGACUCUGUUUUACACCCUGCCUGAGGCGGCUAUUCAUCAUAGGGUUGAAUUGAAGUUUCAUUGUUUAGGGAAGUUUUUUAUUGCUCACGGGUCAUUGUCUGGUGGUGUUUCCACACGUAGAGUUACAUUGAAUGAGGAUCAGUUGGUUCCGUUCUUGAAUGUUGUGUGGGCUAACUGUGGAUUACAUGAGGAAGUAAAUAAUGGGGCUUUUGGGACUUGUCCGGAGAGGGAAGUGUUUCAGUUUUGGAGGAACGUGAAGGAUGGGCUUGUGUUGCCAUUGCUGAUUGAUUUGUGUGACAAGUCUGGUUUGGAGCUUCCACCGUGCUUUAUGCGACUUCCCACUGACCUUAAGUUGAAGAUUUUGGAGUUGCUACCCGGUGUUGAGAUAGCCAAAGUGAGUUGUCUGAGCUCUGAAUUGCGAUAUUUGGCUUUGAGUGAUGAUCUGUGGAAGAAGAAGUAUGUGGAGCAGUUUGGUGAUGCCAACACAUCGGGAGGAGGGGACGAGGGACAUUGGAAAGACAAGUUUGUCAAGUCUUGGGAGAGUAGGAAGAGAAGGAAGAUGAUAAGCAGAAGAAGAGUGGUUGAUCCCCUGAGAUUUUUAGGGGGUCCUAAUCCAUUCCCAGGACCUUGGAGGCCACAUAUAAUUGGUGGAGAUUAUGAUCUAUUGCCUCCACAGUUUGAUAAUACCGUGAGUUGGAUUAUUUUUCUGUCCUCUUCUUUGGUUUGUGUUUUGGGACUUUUGGCCUUUGAAUAUGCUUUCAAGCUCCUUGCUGCUAUAGUUGGUACUCAUAAAACUGAGAUAGUUAAAGGUAGAGACGGGUGCCUGGAUCUACCCCACAAAUGGUGGGAAUUUGGUGAGGAUGGAGAAGUUCAGUAG